UUUCGUGCUAUACACCAUAUUGAAAACACUAUGAUUUAACUUUCUUUGAAUAGAUUCGCCUAAUAAAUUGUAACCCUUUAGCAAAUAAGUUUGUCAUUUAGUUCAUUAUAAUACAAUAAUAUUGCAUGACAUGUUACUUGCGCAUUUUCUGCAACAGACUAAAAUGAUAUUUCUGUUUUACUAGGACUAAACUUUGCAUUGCGUGGUGGGAAGGAACACCGCAGUCUGAGACUACACCAGAAUCCACAGAUUACAGGACCACAUACUGACCAGAACGGGCGCUGAUAUUUGCAGUACACAGAGGAUGUUUCUAAAACCAAUCCAGGAGGGAUCAAACAUCGUAAAAUGCAAAAGAAAAAUGUCCGUGCCUAUGAAAAUGUCGAACACCCAGAAAGAUGCUACCUUCGACUGAUUGAAAAAUACAAGUCUCUUUGUCCACCUUCUUCAACACGAGCAAACACUUUCUACUUCACUCCCUUGAAGAAGACGAAGGACAGAAAAUGGUAUCUUGAAUCGCCCAUGGGACACAAUACCAUACAGACAACAGUGAAGCGGAUCUGUACUAUGGCCGGAAUUACAGGGAAGAAAACCAAUCAUUCACUCCGGUCAACUGCUGCCGACCGGCUGUACGAAGCUAACAUCAGUGAGCAGCAGAUAUGUGAACAAACAGGAGUGAUGCAGUGAGGGUCUACAAACGGACGAGUGAUGAACAAAAGGCAAUGGCUUCAGAUGUGUUGGCUUGCAAAGUUCCAAAGAGCAAAGAAAAUUCCAAGAAGAACGUCGCAUCGACUGUGUCUGUCCCACCUUCUGAACCAGAGUCAAGCAUAACGGAAAGUCGCGGAAAUGUCACAAUGACCUUUAAUUUUCAUUAAAGAAAUCUGAUAAAUAGUUUGCCUUUUUUUUUUGUGAUCUGCAAAGACUUUCAAGCCUACUUGGGUGUUUUGGGACAAGGGUUCAUUCUCGUUAAAACCUGGGAAAGAGUUUUACUGAACUCCAGUAAAACCUCUUCCCAGGUUUUACUCUGGGAGUAAAACCUCGUUCCUGGUAUUGGUGCCUGUAGAAUGGACAAUGAGUUACAACGGCAGUUAUCAAAAUUAGGUUUAUAAGAGUCAACCUUUACCCAUGGGUGGUUUUGAGUGGAUCGAUGUGAAUGAUAUCGAUGUGAUAUCGAUCCCCACUGAUUCCAAUAAAGGAUACAUACUAGAAGUUGACUUGGAAUAUCCAACAGAGUUACACAAAGAUCAUAACAGU